AUGGAAUACGAGGAUUGCUACGGACAAGUCCAGAGGCCGAAAUACGACUGCCUUCUGUUUGAUCUUGAUGACACUCUUUACCCUCUGAGUUGUGGAUUAGCUGCAUCAGUCCUUAAAAACAUCCAAGAUUAUAUGAUCGAAAAAUUGGGACUUGAUGAGAGCAAAAUUCCUGCCUUAUGUGAUCUACUGUAUAAAAAUUAUGGCACCACAAUGGCCGGUCUAAGGGCCAUUGGCUAUGAUUUCGACUAUGAUGAGUAUCAUAGCUUUGUUCACGGUAGAUUGCCGUACGAUAACCUAAAACCCGACCCUGUUUUGAGAAGCCUUUUGUUAAGCUUGCCUAUGCGCAAAGUUAUCUUCACGAAUGCUGAUAGGGUACACGCGGUCAAAGCACUUAGUCGACUCGGUCUCGAGGACUGUUUCGAAGGGAUCAUAUGUUUCGAGACGCUUAACCCGACUCACAAGACUACUCCAUCGGACGAUGAGGAUGAUGUUGAGUUUGUGGGGUCGGGAUUCAUUCAUCCCAGUGCUUCUAACAGUAACUCAGAAAUUUUCGACAUUAUUGGACAUUUUUCGAGCCCAGAUGCAAAUUCAUCGAGCCUUCCAAAAACCCCGGUUGUGUGCAAACCAUCUGAAAGUGCCAUUGAUAAGGCUCUUAAAAUUGCCAACAUUGAUCCGCAAAGAACACUGUUUUUUGAGGAUAGUGUUCGGAAUAUUCAGUCUGGAAAACGACUAGGACUUGAUACCGUUCUGGUCGGUAAAUCUCAGAGAGUGAAAGGAGCAGAUUAUGUGUUGGAAAGCAUUCACAAUCUUCGGGAAGCGAUACCCGAGCUCUGGGAAUCCGAGAAGCUUUCGAACAACGUUAACUACUCGGGAGUUGCAGUCGAGACAUCUGUUACAGCUUAG